AUGUCCCUCUCCGUCGCCGGCGCGCGGACGACCUCCCUCCUCCCCUCUGCGUUCGCCGCCUCUUCAUCGCGCCCGCGCCUCAUCGCGCUUCCUCUCCUCCACCGCCGCUCGCACGGCGCCCUCGCCUCGCCGCCGGCCGCUGGCAGGCGGCUGCGGCGGCUCCGGGUGCGCAUGGCCCGGGCAGAGUCCACCGGCGUCGGCAUCGGCUUCCGCGCGCCGGAGUUCGAGCUCCCUGAGCCACUGACCGGGAAGCUCUGGACGUUGGACGACUUCGAGGGCAACUCUGCACUGCUUGUUAUGUUCAUAUGCAAUCACUGUCCAUUUGUAAAGCAUCUGAAAAAGGACAUUGCCAAGCUCACCUCUUUCUAUGUGGAGAAAGGACUUGGUGCUGUUGCCAUAUCGUCCAACUCAGUUAGGACACAUCCCCAGGAUGGCCCAGAACGUAUGGCAGAAGAAGCAAAGUUGUUCAAAUAUCAUUUCCCAUAUCUUUAUGAUGAGUCUCAAGAGGUAGCUAAGGCUUUUGGAGCAGUCUGCACACCUGAGUUUUACUUAUUCAAAAAAUGGCCAAGAAUUGCCCUUUGUACAAAAGCCGAGGUCACUUUGGCUACCUCAGAAUUUGAUUCGCUGUUGUCGCACCUUACAAUUUCAUUUCUGCUUUCUGACAUUUGUGUUUGGUUCCCUGUAGUGUCGGCUGCAACAUCAAAUGGCACCCAUGAGGUGCUCGUGUACCUCGUAGUGUCUGGCUGUGGCGAGAAAUAUAGGGAUGUUUCACUUCUUGCAUUUGAUUCGGUGCAGGUGCACAGGGCGCUGAAUUUCAAGUCAGUGUUGACUGCCUUUGGGAACAGAGUUGUGCGGGAGAAACCUGGGAACUUUUCUUGUGUAACAGGGGCAACAGUGUAG